AUGAACAUUGCAGUUCUCAUCACUGGUUCUCGUGGAGAUGUCCAGCCGUUCGUCGCUUUGGGCCAAGUCUUGACAAAGCCGCCAUACAACCACCGCGUCAGAAUCUGCACCCACCCCAACUUCAAAGAUUUCGUCGAAGAGAAUGGACUCGAGUUCUUCUCCAUUGGUGGAGAUCCUGAAAAGCUCAUGUCAUACAUGGUUCGCAACCCUGGUGUCUUGCCCAGUCUCGAGUCUAUGAAAGCUGGAGAUGUCGGCGACCGCCGUAAAGAGAUGGCAGAGAUGUUGGAGGGCUGCUGGAGAGCUUGUACACAAGGUGGAAACGGAAUGGAUCCCAUCAGACUUCCGGAGACGAGCAAGAUCAGCACGGAGACCCUCAUGAAAUUGCCGGAUCCUUUUGUCGCAGACGCCAUCAUCAGCAAUCCUCCUGCUUAUGCCAACAUUCACAUUGCUGAGAAGCUGGCAGUACCUCUACACAUGAUGUUCACCAUGCCUUGGAGUCCGACGACCGCGUUUGCCCAUCCCCUGGCCAAUCUGGACAGCGACAAAGGAGAUAGAAAACUUGCAAACUACCUUUCAUACUACAGCAUGGAGUUGCUUACAUCAGAGGGGUUGAUCGAUCUGAUCAACGACUUCAGAGAAAACACAUUGGCAUUGGAUCCUCUGCAUGCUGCUUGGGCACAUCAAUUGCUGCCUCAGUUGAAGGUGCCAUUCACAUACUGCUGGUCGCCUGCCUUGAUUCCGAAACCAGAAGAUUGGGGCUCACACAUCACCAUCAGUGGCUUCUUCUUCAUGGACCCCAAGAAGGACUUUGAGUUUGAACCUGAUUUGAAGAAAUUCUUGGAUGCUGGUGAUCCACCAAUUUAUAUUGGGUUUGGUUCGAUCGUUGUAGACGAUCCAGAAGCGAUGACAAAAAUGAUUCUGGAUGCUGUUAAGCAGCUUGGAAUCAGAGCUCUGGUAUCCAAGGGAUGGGGAAAGAUUGGAGGUGAAGAUGUUCCUGACAACGUCUUCCUACUUGGCAAUGUGCCCCACGAUCAGCUCUUCCCGCAUUGUGCAGCAGUUGUACACCAUGGUGGUGCUGGCACAAAUGCUAUCGGUAUAUCUCUUGGCUGUCCAACAGUCGUGGUGCCAUUCUUUGGUGACCAACCUUGGUGGGGAGAUAUGAUUCACAAGGCUGGAGCUGGCCCGGCACCUAUACCCUACAAGGAUCUUGAUGCCGACAAGCUUGCCAACCAAAUCAGAGAAGCCCUCAAACCCGAGACAAAGGAACGUGCAAGAGAACUUGCAGCUAAGAUCAAGGAAGAAACGGGUACUAAGACUGCUGCAAAGUUCUUCCAUGAGACCAAACAGAUGCAAGAUGCUUACUGCUUCUUGUGCCCCGAGAAAGUUGCAGUGUACCGCCUGAGAAGAACGAACAUCAGGCUCAGCGCUCUUGGUGCAGCUAUUCUUGUCGACAAGGGCAAGAUUCAACCCCAACAUUUGAAGCUCAUCAGACAGAAGCGAUGGUAUGUCGAGAAGGGUGCCCAAGAGCCCAUCAUCGGCAUUGUUGGUGCGAUUUCAACGACAGGAGUCGGCUACAAGAACUGCUUUAGCCGCUUGUCCAGAGAUCUCCAUGCAAAUAAGAGACCCGAUGCAGGUCGCAGCAAGAUCUUUGUCGGCGACUCGGAAGCCGCCGAACAGGUUCCCGGUGCUCUCAAAGCUGUUGGCAAAUUCGGCGGAUCCCUGGGCAUGAACACGCUCAGACUCCCUGUGGAUCUCUUAUACAACCUCGCCAAUGGGUUCCACAAUAUGCCUUACCAUUUCUUCAACGAUGACACUGUUCGCGUCCGUGGCGAGAUCAACGGUAUCAUGUCUGGCACAAAGGUUGGAGUUCAGGAACUGACAUUCGGCUUCUACGAUGCAUUCACCGGUGUCGUGACACAACCCGUCCGCGGCUACAAAAAACACAGCAGUGAAGGCGUUGGACAAGCAACAUGGGGCGCAACCAAAGGAGUUGGCAAGGGCCUCGUAGGCCUAGUCAGCAAAUCCUCUGCCGCAGCCCUCGGAGUCCCAGGCUACGGCUUCAAAGGCCUCGAAAAAUCUAUCCGCACAGGCUGGAAAACACGCGACAUGCCUAAUCAAAACAGCUUAGCCCUGCUCCACGCCCUCCAAGGCCGAGCAUCCGACGAAGAAAAGAUGAGUGAUGCCGUUUUGGCCAUCGUCUCACAAGCCCAAGGCAACGGUGUGCGUCACCAAAUCCGUGGCAGAAGAGGUUGGCAGUGUUUCCUCGAGCUUCAAAAUCUUCGUCAAAAUCCUGACAAGGCUGCUGCCAAGGAAGAAGCGGUCUUGCAGGCUUGGGAGAAUCUUAAGGUCCCUAAGGAGUUUACGCGUGUUGAGCAGUGA